GAGGAGAAGGAGAAGAAGAGGUGAGAGAGGCUGGAGGAAGAAGGGGAGGAGGAGGCUCAUUGUUACGGAGAACUGCUGAGACCACCGCUACUGCACGUGAAUUUCCCUGGAGAACAUUUCGGUAAAGUUUUGUCCAUUUAAUUCCUCCAUUUUUCUUUCUUUGUAAAUAUCUGGGCGGAGUGCUUUUCCGGAGCGACCACCUCCGAGUUGCCGCCCAGGCGGCUCGUUGCGGUAAAUGAUAACACCGGUGAGCGGAGCAGGCUGCCUCUGCUCCGGUUACUAUCAGCCCUGAGGACGGACCAGCCGUCAUCUAUUGUUUGCUCUGCGUUACUUCUCUCUGCUUGAAUCCGGGUUUUGGUGACAUUCUGGCGGUUAGACGAAAGUAGCCGCGUCGAGCCUCCUGGUCAGAUCGUUGACUGGUUUCCAUCUCUGGCUGUUGUUGGCACUUCCUUUUCAAGGAGCGUUGUUGGACUGGAAGCUCAGCCUCUGUCAGGUGAUGGACCUUUAGAUGAUGACGAUGGGCGCAGCCAGCUUCGACCAGGAACACAGUGGAUGGUCUCUGCCUCCUCGGACCGUUUCUCUGUGAUCUCAGAAGAGACUCUCGGGCAGUUUUCAAACAUUUUUUAAAAUUUAUUUUCUCCUGACCUGGUGGAUGACCCUUACGGUAACAGAGGGCAACCUCUCACCCGAAGCAGCCAUCUCCUGGGUAUCUCCUCUGCUUUCUCGUGUGGGGACCCAGUGAUGGAUCUCCUGUGGGUGCUCUCCGUGUCGAUGCUCGCCGCCUGCGUGGCCAUCCCCAUGGACGCUGCAGCAGGCAGCCACAGUCUGUUCACCUGUGAGCCCAUCACCCUGCGCAUGUGUCAGGGGCUGCCAUAUAACUCCACCUUCAUGCCCAACAUCAUGAACCACUACGACCAGCAGACGGCUGCUCUCGCCAUGGAGCCGUUCCAUCCCAUGGUGAACCUGCAGUGCUCUCCAGACCUCAGGAUGUUCCUGUGUGCCAUCUACGCUCCGGUGUGCACCGAGUACGGCCGGAUGACUCUGCCCUGUCGCCGCCUCUGCCUGCAGGCCAGGAGCGACUGCUACAAACUGAUGGACAUGUUUGGUGUCAGCUGGCCAGAGGAGAUGGACUGCAACAGGUUCCCAGACUGCGAUGAGCCCUACCCUCGACCUGCGGACCUCCUGUCCACUUCAGACUCAACCGAGUCCCCCGUCUCCGUCCAGCGGGACUACGGCUUCUGGUGUCCCCGGGAACUCAAAAUUGAGCCAGAACUCGGCUACUCCUUCCUGGGGGUUCGCGACUGCUCCCCCCCGUGUCCCAACAUGUAUUUUACUCGCGAGGAACUGACGUUUGCCCGCUACUUUAUCGGGGUGGUGUCCAUCGUCUGCCUGUCAGCAACACUGUUCACUUUCCUGACUUUCCUCAUCGACGUGUCGAGGUUCCGCUACCCGGAGCGGCCCAUUAUCUUCUACGCCGUCUGCUACAUGAUGGUGUCCUUGGUGUUCUUCCUUGGCUUCCUGCUGGAGGACAGAGUUUCCUGUAAUGCAGCGAGUCCUGGAAGAUUUAGGGCGUCCACAGUGACUCAAGGCUCCCAUAAUAAGGCCUGCACGCUUCUCUUCAUGGUGCUGUACUUCUUCACCAUGGCCGGCAGUGUGUGGUGGGUCAUACUGACCAUCACCUGGUUCCUAGCAGCUGUUCCUAAGUGGGGCAGUGAGGCCAUAGAGAAGAAGGCGCUCCUCUUCCACGCCUGCGCCUGGGGCGUCCCAGGUGUCCUCACCGUCACUCUGCUCGCCAUGAACAAGAUAGAGGGAGACAGCGUGAGCGGCGUGUGCUUUGUGGGGCUUUACAACCUGACGGCACUGCGUUGGUUCCUGCUGGCCCCACUGGGACUGGACGUCGUGGUGGGCGUUGUGCUCCUGCUGGCGGGCAUCGCCGCUCUCAACCGGGUCCGCAUGGAGAUCCCGCUGGAGAAGGAGAACCAGGAGAAGCUGGUGAAAUUCAUGAUUCGCAUCGGCGUGUUCUCCGUUCUCUACCUGGUUCCCCUGUUGACCGUCGUGGCCUGCUACCUUUAUGAGAGCAGCUACCGGACCGUCUGGGAGACCACCUGGGUGCAGGAGAAGUGCAGAGACUACCACAUCCCCUGCCCAUAUAAGGUGGAGAGAACCAGCCGGCCCGACCUGGCGCUCUUCCUCAUCAAAUACCUGAUGAUGCUGAUUGUGGGAAUCCCCUCUGUGUUCUGGGUGGGCAGUAAGAAGACCUGCUUCGAGUGGGCCAGCUUCUUUCACGGCAAGAGACGCAAAGAUGGGAUGGUCAACGACAGCCGCCAGGUUCUCCAGGAGCCCGACUUCGCCCAGCUGCUGUACCGGGACCCCAACACGCCCAUCGUGAGGAAGUCGAGGGGCACGUCCACCCAGGGAACCUCCACCCACGCCUCCUCCACCCAUCUGGCCAUGCUGGACGAGCCGCCCAGCGCCAGCACCAGCCGGGCCGGAUCGGUGCGCAGCGCUCGCUCCAAGAUGAGCAGUUACCAUGGCAGCCUGCACCGCUCCAGAGACGGCAGGUACACGGGGUCCAGCAUGCCCCGCCUCAGCGACCAGUCCAGACACUGCAGCACCAACCGACUGGACGGCCUGUCCAGACAGGACUCCGCCUUGCGCCUGGACAGCCAAUCGCGGCACAGCAGCACCAGAGACCUGAGUGGCACUACGCAGGCCGUCCUCGGUGUUCCCGGAAACGGGAUUCACCGAAUCCUGGACGAGGACGGAGCUGCAGCCUGAAGGGACAAAUGAAGGAGGGAGACCCAGAACCAGGCUGUUGAUCCAGUCAGAGGAAGGGAAGUACUUUUGGAACUUUGCCUUAACGUCUCUCAGCUUUAUCUGCCAGUCCAGCUGAUCCAAAAAAAAAAAAAAAAAAAAAAAAAGACUCUCCAAGCUGACUGUCGCUGGGUUUA